GCUGGAGCCGGAGAUCCAUCCGAGCCUCCUGUGCUGCGAUUGCUCCAUUAUACAGCGCAGAUCGCAGAGGAAACUGCAGGGAGACAGUCACCGUCUCUCUAUGAAAAGGAAUCUCCUCAGAGCACAAUGUACCGUUAAGCAGACAAUCGGAGCUCACUUUACUCUUCCUUAGCGCGGAUUUACUUCAGCCUGAUGGGAUUUCCAAACAACUAACCUAAUCAAAAUAAAGCAAGAGAGGAGAGAGUAAAGCUGACAGAGGCUGGGAUGGAAAUCAGAGAGCCGGGCCAGGCAGUCACACGGCAGGUACUGCUGAUUCUCUUCCUAUUCGCUUUGUUUUGCCGGGCGGUCUCGGAGCAGACUCGUUAUUCGAUUCCCGAGGAAAUGGCGAAAGGUUCCCUAGUGGGGAAUCUCGCCAAGGAUUUGGGGCUGAGCGUGAGAGAACUGCCCAACCGGAAACUCCGUGUUGUCUCUGCAGCUAAAAAGCAAUACUUCAGCGUGAAUGGGGAAAGUGGCAACGUCUAUGUGAAUGGCAGGAUAGACCGGGAGGAGAUAUGCGGGACAUCUCAACUCUGCGUCAUAAAUUUCGAAACUGUGCUGGAAAAUCCCUUGAAUGUUUUCCACAUAAGUGUCGGGGUCCAGGACAUUAAUGAUAAUGGCCCGCGUUUUGUAAAAGAUAAUAUCAAACUAGAGAUGAGUGAAUCUACUUUACCAGGUGCCCGUUUUCUCCUGGGAAAUGCUGAAGAUCCUGACGUCGGGAUGAAUUCUCUGCAGAGUUAUCAGCUGAGCCCCAAUCAGUAUUUUAUCCUGGAAGUCAAAGAGAGCCGGGAUGACAAUAAAUAUGCAGAUUUAGUGCUGCAGAAACCCCUGGAUCGAGAAAGCCAGCGCAGCCUUCACUUGAUUCUCACGGCUGUGGAUGGGGGAGAGCCGCAGAGAACUGGGACCGCCCAGAUAUGGAUUAAUGUCACCGACGCCAAUGACAACCCCCCCGUCUUCACUCAGGAGCUCUACAAAGUCAGCCUGAGGGAAAAUGCACCGUCGGGCUCCUUAGUGCUUCAGGUUAAAGCCACCGACAACGAUGAAGGUUCAAAUGCCCAGAUCAACUACGUCUUCAGCAACAUUCCAGAAAAGGCCCGUCAGAAAUUCAGUCUGGACCCAGAAACCGGGAAAAUUACAGUAAAGGAGCCUUUGGACUUUGAGGAGACACGUGACUACACCCUGCUAGUAGAAGCAAAGGACGGAGGUGGACUAGUGACACACUGCAAAGUGGAGAUCGAGGUUCUUGAUGAGAACGACAAUGCCCCGGAGGUGACACUCGCAUCCCUGGCCACCCCCAUCCCCGAAGACUCAGUGCCGGGGACAGUGAUAGCUCUGAUCAAUGUAAUCGAUCAAGAUUCUGGAGAUAACGGGAUUGUGUUUUGUCAUUUCCAAGACGAGCUGCCGUUUAAAAUAAUAUCCUCCUCCAAUAACUACUACAAGCUCCUCACAGACAGCCCCCUGGACAGGGAAAGGACCCCGGAGUACAAUAUCACAAUCACAGCCACAGACAAAGGCUCUCCCCCCUUCUCCACACAGAAAACCAUCCUGUUGCAGAUCUCAGAUAUAAAUGACAACGCCCCUGCCUUUGAGAAACCUUCCUACACCGCCUAUGUGCCAGAGAACAAUCCCCCGGGGGCCUCUAUUUUCAGUGUAAAAGCCUCAGACCGGGAUCUGGACCUGAACGCCCGAGUCACUUACUCCAUCCUGAGCAGCAACCUCCAGGAGGUGCCUCUCUCCUCCUACAUCUCCAUUAACUCCCAGACCGGAGCUAUCUAUGCCCAGCGCUCCUUCGACUACGAGCAAUUCCGGGAGUUUGAAAUGCAAGUGAAGGCCCAAGACGGCGGGUCCCCGCCUCUCAGCAGCAAUGUCACCGUCAGGGUGUUUAUUCUGGAUCAGAAUGAUAACGCCCCUCACAUCCUGUACCCUUCCCUGGGAGCCGAUGGCUCCGCCUUGUUCGAGAUGGUCCCUCGCUCGGCCGAGGCAGGUUAUCUGAUGACUAAGGUGGUGGCGGUGGAUGCUGACUCAGGGCACAAUGCCUGGCUCUCCUACCAUCUGCUCCAGGCCACGGAACCGACGCUCUUCAGCAUGGGGCUGCACACCGGGGAGAUCCGGACAGCCCGCGCCUUUGCGGACAGAGAUGCUGUGAAGCACAGGCUGGUCACCCUGGUGAAGGACAACGGGCAGCCGCCUCUGUCAGCCACAGUGACUCUCAACCUGGUGUUUGCCGAGAACUUCCAAGAGGCCCUUCCGGAAAUGAGCGACCAAUCGGGUGACUCGGAAUCUCAGUCUGGCUUUACUAUUAUUUUGGUGGUAGCUCUAGCUUUGAUUUCGUUUUUAUUCCUUUUUACAGCUAUAUCGGUUUUAAUUUUUAAAUGUCGGAGACCUAGAACUCCCCCAGUUUUUGGAUCUUACAAUCCGGAUCUGUAUUCUAGUCUUGGUCCCAAAUUCUCCUGCAGCUACAGCAAUGGGACCUUGCAGUUGCCCUAUUCUUACGAGGUGUGCAUAGCUGCCGAUUCCGGGCAGAACGAGUUCACCUUUCUCAAAGCGGGCGAAAAGGCUUUGACCGAUGUUCUCCUUUCUGUUGAGGAUUCUGGCAUGGGGAAUGAGUCUGGCAGGGGUAACCUCAGCUCUGACAGCCAGGCACAGGUGUCCUCAAAGUAA